CAUUUUCAAACGGAUAAAUGAUAAUGACGUCACACUAUUGGAGUGUAUAAAUUCGGAUGUAUAUCAGAAAUUUUUAUAGUACAACAUCUCGAAACAAUCAUGGUUGCAAAAAUCGCCAUCUUUCUUGCUUUGGUAGCUGCCGCUUCCGCCGGUCUCAUCGGUGCAGGACACGGAGGAGCCAGCAUCAGCUCCAGAAGACAAGAUGACUUCGGUAACUACGCCUUUAACUACCAAAUUGCUAACGGAGUCGGUGCCACCAAUGGACGUAGCGAAGUAGGUGACGGCUGGGGUAACAAGAGAGGAUCUUACGUCAUCGGUGACAUCGACGGACGUGCCAGAAGAGUCGAAUACGUAGCCGAUGCCGCCGGAUUCCGCGCCGUGGUCAAGACUAACGAACCAGGAACCGCUUUGAGCGCUCCAGCAGCCGCCGCCAUUGCCUCCCCCUACACCGGACCCAUCUCAGGAAGCCCAGCCGUCGUGGCUCACGCACCAGUGGCAGUUGCCGCCGCCCCCGUGGCAGCAGUGGCAGCCCCCGUAGCCGCUUUCGGAUACAAGGGUGUCGUUGGAGCACCCUUUGGUGCCUAUGGCGCUUACGGUUUGGGUUACAAAGGUUAA